UCUAUUUCAAAAUUUCGUGGUUUUACUUAGACGUACCUUUCAAAUGAAAUUCCUAAGUGAUAUUUUUCGAGUCGCAAAUUUGUGCCACAUAGACGAAGUGUUCCAGGCAUGGCCUUCGUCGUACCAGUCGAGGAUUCCCCGUAGACUACGGAUGCCUGAGCAACUUGAUCCCAACUACUUGGAUGAGCCGGAGACAUUCUCCGUUGGGCGAUUCAUCUUCAAGCUCGCAAAGAUCGGAGCGCUGCUGCUGAUUUGGGCAUUCUUCACCUGCAUUCUGGUUCAGAACGCCACUACGCCGGAUAAGACCUCGGUGGUCACCGUGUUGCCCAACGAGACCGUGCUCCGCCGCCUGUCCGAGCCCCAUGAUGCGACUAGGAUAACGCUCGAGGGUGCCAUCGAUUUGAAGGCGCAGAAACCUCAGAGUGUGGUCACGGAUAAGCCCUUUGUGGGUGUACGCGUGGAGUGGCGGGACUCGGAGUUGAACACCACAUACUGGCGCUCCGAUAUGUGGAUUGUCUAUCUCCUCAAGCAGAAUAAUGAUUUCUCGAAGGCUGCCAAAACCUUUCAGAUCUCGAAGGUUAAUAAUGCCAAGGCGGUGAUUUCACUGGAGGGCCAAGUCGAGGAGCCAGUGUCCCUACUGAUGGUGGUAUCGGCUUAUCCCUUGAUAACGAAAAAUGGUGUAAUCUAUGCCGCUCUGCUACUGAUCGGUCUGUAUAUCCUGAUCGUCUUUGAGCUCACAGAUCGUACAUUCGCCGCUCUUAUGAUGGCCACCACUGGGGUGGCGAUCCUCACGGCGCUGGGCAACCGACCCACCCUGGAAACAAUUAUCUCCUGGAUUGAUUUCGAGACCCUGUUACUGCUCCUCGGCAUGAUGAUACUGGUGGCCAUAAUGUCCGAGACGGGUGUAUUUGACUUGAUGGCUGUGUUGGCAUACCGAAUAUCAAAGGGUAAUCCCUGGCCAAUGCUCUUGUUGCUCUGCUCAAUUACCGCCACCAUAUCCUGCAUCCUCGACAAUGUGACCAUGCUGCUUCUGAUGGCGCCCAUUGCGGUCCGUUUAUGCGAAGCCAUGGCCGUCCGGACACCACUCGUCCUGAUAGCUGUGGUGAUGUACUCCAAUAUCGGUGGCACCCUCACACCGGUGGGUGAUCCACCCAAUGUGAUCAUUGCCACCAAUCCAGAGGUGAUCGCCAAAGGAGUGGAUUUCGUUGUAUUCACCCUGCACAUGCUGCCAGGUGUUUUAAUGGCGGCUGUAUCGGGUUAUUGUGUCAUUUAUCUGACUAUGAGAAAAUCUUUAUUUAAACUGGACGACCGACAAGUUGAGCUGGCUGCUGAGCGGGAGAACAGUAGACGACGAUCGAGCACGGAUAUUACGGCACGGGCCGAAGAAAUACGUGGACGACAGAAGGGACGUCAGUUCCUAAAGCCCGCCGAAAACUAUUUCCAGACCCUGGCCUAUUUGGAGGCACAUUUCCGCAUCCGGGACAAGACGCUGCUGAUCAAGUGCUUGAUCACGCUGGUUUUUGUGAUAUGCUGUUUCCUGAUGCACUCGCUGCCCUUUAUGGCCGGUGCCACAUUGGGCUGGGUGGCCAUUUUGGCCGCCUUCCUGCUACUCAUUCUGGCCAAGAUGAACGACAUCGAAGCGAUACUUGACCAGGUUGAGUGGUCAGCGCUGCUCUUCCUGGCUGCUUUGUUCGUGCUCACUGAGGCGGUGGAUCAAUUGGGCUUCAUUCACUGGCUGUGUGAGUGCACAGUCAAGGUGAUCAUGAGUGUCGACGAGGAAUAUCAGACGACAGUGGCCAUCCUGAUAAUCAUCUGGCUGUCCGCCGUCCUGUCGGCCUUUGUCGGCAAUGUCCCGGUGACCACGAUGUUGCUGAGACUGAACAUUGAGUUGCACCGCAACGAUGACAUCCACAUUCCACUUACGCCCCUCGUUUGGGCCUUGUCUUACGGCGCCUGUUUAGGUGGUAAUGGCACCCUGAUCGGGGCUUCGGCCAAUAUCAUCGCGGCGGCGAUCGCCCAACAGUAUGGCUAUAAGAUCUCCUUUGUGCAGUUCUUCAUCUAUGGUUUUCCCAUGAUGGUGGUCACCAUUUGCCUUGCAACGGUUUACCUCCUCAUCGCGCACUCGCUGUUCACGUGGCACAAGACAUAGUUUUUCAGUUUUCAACGCCAAUAUUCAAUUUCCCAGUGGAUGCUACUCCAAUUUUGCAAAGCGUACAGUGAUUCAUUUUUAAAUGUAUUUGGAUGGCUGCGUAAGAUAAGUAAGCUAAUUUUACCCAUCUA